UAAAACGAAAACAGAACAUUUUAAUCUGCGAAAAUUAGUCAGCAAAAUUUGAAAUUUUGUGCUGAAAUCGUGCAGAUUCUUGCAGCAAAAUUAAACACCAAGAUAAAAUGAGUUUCAAUGCAUUGAGGUAUGUCUUAAAAUCACCCUAGAUUAGUGGCUAGAACCCUCGAAGUAGUCUAUUGAAUUGUAUUUGUCAUUUGUGUAUUUAUGUAGAUCAACAUUAAAUUCUUUUUAUACGUAACAAAAUAUAUUGCAUGUGCUGUGGUCCUUUAAUAGCGGCGCAAAAACAAGCUCAUUUGGUGUGUGUCAGAAUUAUGUUUUGUUAAAGCUUUAAUAUUAUGAUACAAAGUUUUUAAAGAGACAUAAUUUGCAAGUGUAUUUUUAAGUAAAUGGUUGUGUUUCACACCCUAUUAUCAAAGUAGUGGCUCUAUAAACAAUAUCAGAGAAGGGAUGUGUACCUUUAAAAUGUAUAAUACAACUCUUUGGCCAGAUUUACAAUAGAGAUGGCUCAUUCGUUUUUAAUACAUCAUGCAUCUGAUCUGACUCACCAUCGACGAUGGCCAUUUUCACUGGGUAACACCCACUCCCCAGACUUGUACACUUGUAAGAGGGUGUAGAUGGGGGGGUCUGAAAAUAGCAAACGGUAAACAUUUUGGUAUUUUAACGGUAAAUCUUUGAAUCUUUGAAAAGUGUCCUGAGACGAUAAACAGUAUUUUUUCCCUCGCGUUUCACGGUAAAAUUUUUAGUGUUUUCAUGACCGAUGGUAACCGAAACUGAGCAAUCACAGCUCACGAUAUACCCCAUCAAACCCUCUUAUGAGUUCCCUGGGGCAUGGGUACUUUUCAUCAACUGAAGUUUUAAAAAUCCCAUAGGAAAACAGUUGGCAACUUUAUUGCUGGCAACGACACAUCCUCGGAGAAAAGUUCUCAGAGUAAGCCAGCGGGUGCGGCAUCAGCACCAAGCAGCAGUUAUGAUGAGAAGAAUGCACCACACACUAAAUUACCAGUAGAUUCGUACUACUAUCCUGGUGUUCGAUACCAGUAUUACCUCACAGAUAUUGAAGUGACUCGAGUCGGUCAUUGUAAGUAGUGUUUUUGGUGAAAAUUACA